AUGGACAACACCUAUGCCUUCUCAGCUGAAAAUAUGGAUGGAGCAAAUGUUGGACAAGAUGGCUUAUGUGAACUUGAAACUGAAGAGCCCGAAUUGAAGCUGCUUGGAUCCGAGCGGGCUCCAAUACGAUCUUCAAAUGGUAUGGUUGAUAUUCUCGAGAAUAAAUUAGCUGUGGGUACAGUUCUUAACAGUAUUGAAGAUGCGUAUUUGCUCUACUGUCAAUAUGCACAUACUAAAGGAUUUAGCGUUAGAAAGGGUGAUCAACGUUGCUUUCCCCGUAGUGCUGAAAUUCAACCAAACUCAUUUGUUAAGGUCCACUCGAAAUAUUUCUCAUGCCAAACAAUCAACUGUAGAAGCAAUGGUGAAUGCCGGAAUAUCUCUGCUAGUGUUGUUUCUUACAUGGAGAAUGAAGCACAUGGGUCCGAAAGUUUAGGUUUUAUUCGAAAGGAUGCCUGUGAUGACCAAAUUGGGAGAUUAAUGAAGCAUACAAAAAUUGAAAAUGGGGAUGCUAAUGCAUUACUUCAACAUUUUAUAAACAAGGCAAAUAAAGAAUCAUUCUUUUACUGGAAUGUGCAGUUGAAUGAUGACGGCAGGGUGAUGAAUUUGUUCUUCAGAGAUAAUAGGUGUGCCGUGGACUACGAGUACUUUGGUGAUGUUCUUUCCAUCGAUACUACUUAUAGAACAAAAUGGCAUAUAAAUCAAAAUGCCCCUUCACACUUUGGGAAUUUAAACGAUUCAUAUCAUUUGCGUGAUCAUAAAUGGUUGAAUGACAUGUACAAGCUUAGGAGAAAAUGGGCUACAGCUUUUAGUAACAAGUUGUUUAGUGCCGGACUCUUGGAUACAUCGAUUAGUGAGAAUGCAAAUAAAGUCUUAAAGCAUGCUGGUAGCAAGAAUAGCUUUUUGUACGAGUUUGUUAUGAAUUAUGAAAAAAUUCUAAACCAGUGGCGCACAGAAGAGAAGGUUGAAGACACUUGUUGUCGUCAUGGCAAACCUUCUGAAAUCCUUAAGGAUCACCCACUGCUUAAUCAUGCUGCUAGUAUGUACACACUUGCCAUUUAUGGGUUGUUUGAGAUUGAACUUGUCAAUUAUUUGAAUUGCAAAUUUGAUGACUAUCCUAUUACUAGUGGUAAUGGGGGGGCAUCGCCACAGUUUCAAGUUCGAGUAAAAUCCCACGGUGGUAGUUCGAGAAUAAGGCAUGUUUUGAUGAACACUCAAACUAAUGAGACAAGUUGCAGUUGUCACAAGUUUGAGACCAUGGGGAUCUUGUGCGAACAUGUUUUAAUGGUGUUUAACUUCAUGGAUGUAACUGUGAUCCCAGAGGCUUAUCUUUUGAAGAGGUGGAUGAAAUGUGCAAGGUUGAGGGUUUGUAAUGAAUUCCAGGUUAUUGAUGGUUCUUGUGGAAGUGAUGAAGAAUCCGAUAUUGUUUUUGAGAACAAAGCUAUGAGAAUGGCCUACCAUCUUGUUCACAUUAGCAAACCUUAUUUGGAGGCACGAAACAUGUUGACCACAAUGCUCGAUGCAGCAAGAGACCAAAUUGUUGAUCUUAUUCAAAAUUUAGAUCUUGAAAAUUCGAGUAUGCAUGAUGAUGUUGAAAAUGAAUAUAAUGAACAGAGCGUGUUAAUACGUAAUCCACUUACAGCCAAGUCAAGAGGAUUAAUGAACGCAUGCAUAACUCAUCAAUGGGAUAAAAAAAAUGAAAAGGGAAAAGGAAUAUCGAAGGUGCAUGUUGGUGCUUCAAGUGAAAAGAGAUCAGAAAGGAAAUUUCAAAGUACACAAGACACUCAAAGUGGAAAGGGAUCGAAAAGAAAAUUUCAAAGUACAACUCAAAGUCAAAACUCACAAACAUCAGAUAGUGUUCCACGAACUCAAGUUCCUAACAUGCGGCCACCUCAAGUUCCUAAUGUGCAGCUACCUCAGUUCCUAACAUACCGUUACCCCAAUUCACGAAUGUGCCGCCUCAUCAAUUUCCAUUUCAAGCUCCACAAUUCUCACCUCAAUCCGGGUCAAGUCAAACACCUUGGCAAUAUCCAACUCAAGGGGAUUAAAAUAAUCUUAGGAAAUGGGAGGUUGCUGUUGUUCUUCCAGAAGGCCGCCCUUUCAUGGCACUCCCGUUACCCCCCUUCAGAAGAGCACGAGUCUCUAACAUCUCACGAUGGGGUUGCAACUGUGCUUUCUUCCGGAAUAUUACUCGAUUUAAAUCUUAAUAUGUCGAUACCCGACACUUACCGAUCACCACCUGCACCAAUCCCUUACGAUGUGGUCUUGGGCCGGCCUCAAUCCACGGGCUCCGAGCCUUGUGGUAGUUUUGAGAAGCCCAACUUCGUGGGCCCAAACGACGAAACUCACCAUUUGCUCUCUCCAAGGAAGAUUGAUAUUGGGCUUGUUAAGCCCAACACUUUCAAUGUUGCAGCAGAAAACGAUGAGGAAUGUUGUCCAACUUGUCUUGAAGAAUAUGAUGCUGAAAAUCCUAAAAUCAUGACCAAAUGCAAGCAUAACUUUCAUCUGUCUUGCAUACUUGAAUGGAUGGAAAGAAGUGAAACCUGUCCCAUCUGUGAUCAGGAAAUGAUAUAUGAAAUUCUCUGAGAGGCCCAUUUGCAAAGUUUUCUCGGUUUUCUGAUUCGCCAUGGCCCAUUGUGGAUAUUAUAGAAUCACACUUGCCAGCUCAUUCUUUCUCUCGACAUCUCAACAAUGUAGAUGAUCCAUAUGUAACAUAUGUCGCCACAUGGGCACUAAUGCCAAUGCACAAGGUACAAGCAUCCUCUUUCUCUGCUACAUAUCGGCAAAAUAUGUGCCAUUGGCCAAAACAUCUUACCGUUUUUCGACCAGUAUAGAUUGAUGAGAUGAUUGUGAGUUGCAUUUAAUGUAAAGGUUGAUGAAUCUUUAACUUGAAGCAACUUUCAAUAUUCAUCAUUAAUGUUGUAUUUAUGGGGAGAUUUAUUCAAGUAUUAUUUUAAGUGUGCAGAUUUGCAUAACACUGUAUAUUGUUAACUGAACUUGGGAGAUUAUGUGAGAUCUGUGAUUGUAAGAUUUGUGAAAAUGUGCUUUGUGUAAUAUUGCUUGGUUUUUCUUUGAUUAUUGGGUG